AUGUUCCCUGUGUCGAGAUCUAUCGUUCUAUAUCCAUUCCAGAACAGCGUUUGGGGUGGACAAUUUCACAUUUAUCAAAUAGUGAUGAUUUAUGAUCAAAAAUGUACAAUCGUUCCUGGGAUCGAGUUUUUACAAGCAACAAUAUUAGAAAUACAAUUUAGCCCUGAACCACAACGUUGUUUGGUGAAAUUAGAUUAUGAUCAAACUGAGUUAUAUGUUGAAUCUAGUGCCAUAUUUCAAAUGCUAUUUCAAGGUUUAGAAGAUGAUGAUAUAGAUCAUGAUAAACUAGCAUGUUUGAAACGUAUAAAGUCAAUCAAAAUUAAUCCAUCAUUCAUUAUGAACAACAACAAAUUAAUAGCACUAUCGGAAUAUUUAGAUGAUCAACAAUCGGAAGAUGGAUCAGAAUCGUAUUGUGAUACCGAUUUAGAUGAAUUAUAUGUUGAUCCAUUUGAUAGUCGAUAUACUUCUAGUGAAGCAGGUGAAGAAGAUG